AUUCAUUCAACAGAUGCUGAAAGAUAUAUGACCGCAACAGCUAAAAGGAAUCUCAAAUAUUUCCCCCGGACUUGCAAAAGUUAACAUACGUGUAGACUGCGCAGUUAUUUUAACAGUAAGACGUCUACACAGGGCAAUGGUCACUUAAUACAGCUAACGAGAUCAAUGUGAAACAAGAAAUAUAAUAAUAAUAACAGAAGGAUUUCGCUGACUCGUUAGGAACUUCCUUUUAAAGUUAUAAGCUUUAUGAAGUAACUUUUGUAUUGUGUCUGCGCCGGUCGUAUGACUGCUCAACGAUAACAGUUCACCAUGGGAGCUAUCAUUAGAAUCCUGGCAAUACUUUGGUUCUCGCCAGUGCUCUCGAAAACUGAUGCUUCUAAAGAUCAGGAUGGGCGCAGUAAGUAUUUGAAAGGUGGCGAUUUUUUUGUUUGUUUGUUAAUUAAUUUUUUUCAAACUUUUUGCCAAUUUAUCAGCUGUUAGUUAGUUAAUAUUUAAGUUUAGUCAUAUGAAACCUAAUUAUGUUUAUUAUAUUUACUAAGCAAUGAAAGUUUUGAAUCCCUAUUGGCAUAAUGUGAUUAAUUUGACUUUUAACAAAUAUGAAAAAAAAAGAUCCAUUCAUUUAUUUGAAUAUAGCAUAAAAGAAGGAAUAAUUAUAUAUAUAUAUAUAUAUAUAUAAAUCUAUAUAUAUAUAUAUAUAUUUAAUAAAAUGCCCCUUUCAAGUUAUUUGCUUCACUUUUGUAUCAUGCAUCCAUGACUUUUAAUGUGUUUGACAUUCCUGAAGUAUACGACUGUCUGUCUGGACAUGAAUGCCAGGGCGCCAUAAUCACCACCCAUCAAGAGGGCGUAGACUACUGCUGUGAGAAAGGGCACACACUCAUCCUGGAAAUGGACAGUGGCACUGAUGAAGAAAACUGGUGGGUUUACUACUACUUUAAUCUCUCUGUAGUAUCCUCUGUAGCAUUCUCUUAAGUACUCUCUAUAUUGUCCUCUGUACUACUCUCCGAAGCAUUCUCUGUAGCACUUUUGAACUACUCUCUUUAACAUUCUCUGUAGUAUACUCUGUACUACUCUCUGUAGUAUCCUCUGUACUACUCUCUGUAUCAUUCUCUGUAGUAUUCUCUGUACUACUCUCUGUAGAAUUCUCUGCAUUAUUUUCUGUACUACUCUCUGUAGCAUUCUCUGAUGUAUUCUCUGUAGUAUCCUCUGUACUACUCUCCGUGGCACUCUAUGUAGUAUUCUCUGUAGCAUCCUCUUUACUACCCUCUGUAGCAUUUUCUGUAGUAUUCCCUGUACUUCUCUCUGUAGCAAUCGCUUCAGUAUUGUCCGUACUACUCUCUGUGCUACUGCAGUAGCCUCUCAGAUAGACGCACUCUGGCCUAAAUAUAGCCCCCAACGUGUUCGUCCUAUAUAGACCGUUGCUUUCCCCUCCACACUUUUAUUUUAGUUCUGACCACGGGAUCUAACUUAAAGAACGUAUAUUCUUGAAGCGAUCUUUUAAUAAGCAGGUAUAUGUUUGUUAUUCGGUGGUCACAUUUCUUAAUCCCAUAGAUAUUCCCUUCGACCACUUUAUUGCAAUUUUUUUUAAAAAAUCCUUCAUAUUAACUUCGCUUGCGUCUGUGUGUUUCUUUCUUUCUGUCUGGGCGUGUGGCAAAAUCUUAGUAUGGCUCAGUGACCCACUUCACGUCAACCUAUCGAGCUGAAACGCUACACAUUAACUAGUUGCCAAUGACAACACAUGGAAUUACAUUUUUACCCCCCCCUUUUUUUUAAAAACCCCCCCCCCCCCCCCCCCAAAAUCGGGUUUUCCCGUUUUUCAAGUGGAUGAUGAAAGAUAUAUGAUGCCACUUAUUUCUGAUGUCACGAAACAAAAUGCCAGAUAUCAGCGGUAAACGAGAUUCCAUUUAAAAAAAAAAAAAGUUUCUCCAGUGCUUUUAAUGCGUCAUAUUUCCUUCUAUUUUCCCUGAAAUAAUAAUAAUAAUAUAUCUGCUGGUGGGACAUUUUUAUUUAUUUAUAGAUAUAUUUUUUUUUAAAAGCACAUAAAAUAUUUAUUCAAAAAACGUUAAUUUUAUGGGUUGUUUAAUUAUUAUCUGUUUUAACAGUUGGUGCUCUGUUUUAAAGAUGUGUGUUGUUUUUUUUCCAGUAGAUUACCUGUUAUUUCAAUAUAGAUUUAGUUACAAUUGAGAUGUAUUACCAUUAUAGACAACAUGUUGUGUAAAACAAUCAUUGUUUCGUUUAGGUUUGAGUUCGACGAGGCCUUCUGGUUCGACAUUUUACACAUGUUUAAGACCCAAGACGACGGAAACGAGAAGUCCACUGAUAGCGACAAGCGCGGCUCUGGGGGAAGGGGAGACAAGAAACCCGGUUCAAACUUUCGGGACGACGGUCUGACCGAGCCCGGGCCCGAUGGUGUUGCCAUAGACAAGGCCUUCAUCGUCGACCACGGUGAUCUCGGAACGUCAGGCUCUACCGAUUCUGACGUGGACGUUCCAUUGUCCGUCAACGGUUCUCUCCCGGAUGCCACUUUGCCGGGGCUGAAACCGAAAGCGGAAGUAGAAAGUUUGGCGGAAGACAACCACUACCCCACCGCGAAUUACGACGACACCCGGGAACGUCAGAGGGAUUCGUCUUGGAGGAAAGCCGACGCGGAAAGCGAUGAUGGCCAGACUGCGGAAAACAAAAUGGAAAACGUGGUCAAAUAUAAAAUUCAGGCUUCUGACAUGGAUACGCUAUUGAGCGCAUUUUUCCCGCGCUCUGAUCUGGCGCGCAAACUGACCAGGCGAGAUGCCGACGUGGGUGGCGAGAGGACGAGGGACGUCGACGUCAAUGACGGCGACCAGGAUUCGAUCAACGUGAACGUCGUGACGCUGAGGUCGCUCAGCAAUAUGGCCGUGACGCCGGAAGCGUGGAUGAGGCGCUGCCUGUGCAACGCGCGAGGUAAUCCACAAGCGACGGAUCUCAUAGGGGUGAUAAUGGAUUACCUCAAGAAGUUGUGGUUCUUUUAGCCGUCAGGUUUUGGUAUAGGGUGUUAUGUUUUAAGAAGCUUUCUGAACAUGCGUUAAUUGGGUCGGCAAAUUUUUUUUUUCCGAAAGACAGAUUCGAAAAUUAUUUAUCAUCUGCCAAUAGAUCAUUUGGGAGCCGAAAGUGACCAUCGGACAACAAACAUGAAGAAUCGCAUACAUUUUUGCAGACAAGUUCCCGACGGCUCUGGAACCUUACGGAUCGCUAACAGCCGUGUUGACGCUCCUUACUUAGAUUUAUGGCGCUUUUCAAAAGUCAUAGGGCUCUAACGAGUUCUCUGUUAACCUGUUAAUAGAACGAUGUGUUAAAAAAAAAAAGAUUCUGGUUUGGGGGUUUUAUUCUCGUGGCCAUGAAGAAGUAAAAGAGUUGUUGUUUUUUUUCUUUCACAUAAUGACACUUCGUUUUACAAUUACUUUUUCUCUUGUUCAAAAUGUGUUCCCAACACAGUAUUUCAACUUUAUAACCUAAAAGACUGUUUUCAAUCACAGUGAAGGUAGUAGAGAUGCAUACUUUUCAGAAACGGUAUCACCAAUAUUUAUGAAUAUCAUUCUGUGUAAGGUGUUACAUCGAUCAAAGCCUGAAAGCAAAGAGCUUCAUUCUCACUUGGUGUACGUCGACUCUAUUACUCCCGUCUCUGUUAUUCCCUUCUCUUUUACUCUCGUCUCUUUUACUCUCGUCUCUGUCACUCCCGUCUCUGUUAUUCCCUUCUCUUUUACUCUCGUAUCUUUUACUCUCGUCUCUGUCACUCCCGUCUCUGUCACUCCCAUCUCUGAUAAUGUCGUCUCUGUCACUCCCGUCUCUGUCACUCUCGUCUCUGUCACUCCCGUCUCUGUCAUUCCCGUCUCUGUCACUCCCGUCUCUGUCAAUCCCGUCUCCGUCACUCCCGUCUCUGUCACUCCCGUCUCUGUCACUCCCGUCUCUGUCACUCCCGUUUCUGUCACUCCAGUCUCUGACACAACCGUCUCUGUCACUCUCGUCGCUGUCACUCCCAUCUCUGUCCCUUACGCCUCUGUCAUCCCCGUCUCUGUCACUCCCGUUUCUGCAACUCCCGUCUCCGUCACCCUCGUCUCUGUCACUCCCGUCUCUGUCACUCCCGUCUCUGUCACUCCCGUCUCUGUCCCUCAAAUCUCUGUCACUCCCGUCUCUGUCACUCCCGUAUCUGUCACUCCCGUAUCUGUCACUCCCGUCUCUGUCACUCCCGUCUCUAUCAAGUUUAGUUUUUUUACAGUGUAUAUUGACUAACGAUGGAGUAAUUGAUUUUUUUGGCAGUAAGCGUAUUGAUCGUUACCUUUGAGACAUUCAUUAAUAAAAGUGGUUGCAUUUACAAUGAUAGCACGCAGUCAGGGAUCACAUAAGUGUUCACAUUAGGUUCAUUAACCUUCUGUGAGAAAUGUGCAUACGAUUGUACGUACAGUUUUUCAUUCAUUUUUAUUUUUGUUCUACUUUUUCCUUCUUUAAAAAAGAUGCUGUUUACUUGAAUUAUUGUUUAAUUUAGCGGAAUAAAUAUUUAAAAAAAAAAAAUUAAAAUACAAAAG